AUGGCAUUCCUCUUCAUCAAGCAGAAGCUCUUCCCGACAAAGGAAUCAGACAAGCUACCCGCAGGCAAACAACGCCUUCUAGCUCGCCUUGACGACGACCAGACCAUCCGCGGUGACUCAGACCAAGACCUCGAGUCUCAGAGCUGUCGAUCCUACAACACAUUCGGCAACACCAGCCAGCACGAGUCUGCAACCAGCGGUAGCAGCACUCGCUCAAGGAUCAACCCGCGCAUCGUCUCAGAUGCCAUCCUCGGUCUCUCAGAUGGACUUACAGUCCCCUUCGCCCUGAGCGCGGGUCUGUCAGCAUUGGGAAACACAAAGGUUGUCGUUCUGGGUGGACUGGCCGAGCUGGCAGCUGGUGCCAUCUCCAUGGGAUUGGGAGGAUAUGUCGGUGCCAAGAGUGAAGCUGAAUCAUACCAAACCACCGUCCGUGAAACUCAACAAUUAAUCGAGAAUGACCCACAAGAAACUCGCUCUAUGGUUCACGAGACUUUCGCCCCAUAUGGUCUCUCGGACUCUGCUAUCGAGGAUAUCACACGCGACCUGCACGCCUCACCAGACCGACUCUGCGAGUUCCUACUUACAUUCCAUCACCGCGAGACAGAGCCUGACUGCAACCAAGCCUGGACCUCGGCUAUCACGCUUGCACUUGGUUAUUUCAUUGGCGGAUUCAUUCCUCUCAUUCCUUACUUCAUCGUCUCGCAGAUUACGGUUGCCUUGUACUGGAGUAUUGGUGUGAUGGCCAUUACGCUGCUGGUAUUUGGAUAUGUCAAGACCUGCGUUGUGCGUGGCUGGUCUGGGCGUGAUAAUGUGCUCGCUGGUGUUUGGGGUGGAGUUCAGAUGUGUUGUGUUGGUGGGGUUGCUGCCGGUGCGGCGAUUGGACUGGUGCAGUUGAUUGAUACAGGCAGUUCUUGA